AAGAACAACCCCCCAAAGCCAACCCAAUCUUGAAUCUUCCCAAAUCAGGAAACUGUUCUUCUUCUGGGUCUUUCUGCAGAUCUUUCCUCCAAUAGUCAUGGAAGCCUCUUCAGUAAAUGAACGACUCCAGUUUGGAAAGAUGGGAUAUGGAUGCAAGCACUACAGGAGGAGAUGCAGGAUUCGAGCUCCUUGCUGCAACGAGGUCUUCUCUUGUCGCCACUGUCACGAUGAGGCUACGAGCAUGUUGAGGAACCCUUUUGAUAGACACGAGAUUGUUCGACAAGACGUUAAACAAGUCAUUUGUGCAGUUUGCGACACAGAGCAGCUGGUUGCUCAGGUCUGUACAAAUUGCGGUGUCAAUAUGGGGGAAUAUUUCUGUGGCAUUUGCAAGUUUUAUGACGAUGAGAUUGAGAAAAAGCAGUUUCAUUGUGAUGAUUGUGGGAUCUGCAGAGUUGGUGAUCGUGAGAACUACUUUCACUGCAAGAAGUGUGGGUCUUGCUAUGCAAUUAGUUUGCGGGACAAUCAUAUGUGUGUGGAGAACUCCAUGCGGCACCACUGUCCCAUAUGCUAUGAGUACCUCUUUGACUCACUGAAAGGCACUGCUGUAAUGAAAUGUGGGCACACAAUGCAUGUUGAAUGCUAUAAUGAGAUGUUGCUGCGUGACAAGUAUUGUUGUCCAAUAUGCUCCAAGUCAGUAAUUGAUAUGUCCACAAUAUGGAAAAGGAUGGACGAGGAGAUACAAGCAACAAUCAUGCCUGAUGAGUACCGUUACAAGAAGGUUUGGAUUCUGUGUAAUGAUUGCAAUGACACAACAGAAGUAUACUUUCACAUAGUUGGGCAGAAAUGCAGCCAUUGCAAAUCAUACAACACGCGGACAAUAGCACCUCCAGUUCUUCCUCAAUACUAAGAUAUGAAGAAGAAAUAGAUCUGGAAAACAUUAGGCCAUAAAAAUCAUGCACUCUAUAAGCUCAAAAUGGAAGGUGGAGUUUUCUUUUCUCAUUUGUUUUAUAAAAAAUGAUUCUGUAUCAUUGUCUUAUGAUUCAGAUAACUGUAGAAUUUGUAUGCGUUCAUCACAAACUUCUUACAGAAUCUAAAGUUUAUUCU